AAAUAGGGAGAAAGAGGGGGGAAGAAACAUGAAGACAAGAAAAGCACGCCUUGGUUUGGCGUACUCCGAUUCAUUGUUAACUUUCUCUUUUAUGUUUCUCUCUCCCCGCUAAGAGUAGGGCUUCUCCUAUUGGUCGCGCUCUUAACCAUCACCCCGCUCUAUUUUACGCCCCUGGAGGUGACCCUCUUAUCCUACUCCCCCUUCCCAUUCAAACCCUAAUUUGAACCAAAACAGAAAAAAUUGAUCGAGCGAGAUCCCAGCCACGAUCGCAGCUGAACCCUCUCGUUCAACCUCUUGCUUCGUCGUUUUGAUCAUCAGGUUAGGGUUAGGGUUCGAUCACCAGGGAAUUACAAGCAGAAAUCAAAGGGUUAGGGUUUUCAUGCUUUGGCGAUUAACACUUGCGGUGCGACUGCGAUGGCGGCCAAUUCGGGCACCAAAUACGUCUCUGUGAAUCUUAACAAGUCGUAUGGGCAGCAUUCCUCCUCUUUCGGAUCCACCCGAACGCCGAGACCCGCCGCGCACGGCGGAGGAGGCAUGGCGGUUCUGUCGAGGCCUCGCAGUUCGCAGAAGGUUGCGCCUAAGCUUUCUGUUCCACCCCCCUUGAACCUCCCUUCGCUGCGCAAGGAGCACGAGCGGUUCGAUUCGUUGGGAUCGGGUGGCGGUCCGGCCGGUGGCGGCAGUUCGGGAACCGGCUCGAGGCCCACCUCGUCAGGUUUGGGCUGGACCAAACCCGUUACUGAAGAUGGGUUGCGGUCUGUCGAUGGUUUAGGCCGUGGAAGCAAAACGGUUGGGCCAGCCACCGCCGCCCCUGUUUCGGCGGCGGUUUUGCGAGGAGAGGAUUUUCCUUCUUUGCGGGCCACGUUGGUGUCUUCCUCACCUGGGCCUGGCCCAAACCAGAAGAUCCAGGAGAAUUCGAAUCAGAAGCCGAAAACUUUGGCUGAUGAGAAUGUAUCUGUUGAGGAGAAGAAGGGGGGUUCUUUAGCUGUCGAUGUGAACUCUCAGUUGAGUGUUUCUCGCAGUGUGAAUGUAUCUCUUAAUGAUGGCCACGAGGGUCGUGGUUUCGUUGGUUCCCGGGUUGUGAGCCAGAACUAUGGUGUUGGUAGGAAGCAGGAAGAGUAUUUCCCUGGUCCUCUGCCACUGGUUCGGUUGAACCCGCGGUCAGAUUGGGCGGAUGAUGAGCGUGACACGAGUCAUGGAUUGAUGGAUAGGAAUAGAGAGGGCAGGGAUCAUGGAUUUUCUAAGAGUGAUGCCUAUUGGGAUUUUGAUAUGCCUAGGGUUGGCGUUUUGCCGCAUAAGCAUGACAAAAGGGGACAGUUGAGGGGCAAUGAGGCUGGAAAGGUUUCCUCCAGUGAAGUUUCUAAAGUGGACCCUUAUGAUAGAAUGCGGCCCGAAGCGAAUUCUUGGAGGAGUUCGAAUUCAGCAUUUUCCAAGGAUGUGGGAAAUGAGAGGAAUGGAGUUGGUGUGAGGCCAUCCAGUGGUAGUAGAGAUGUAGGGAAGGAUAACAAAUAUAUUCCGUCUCCCUUCAGAGACCCUGUUCAUGAUGAUCCUGGAAAGAGGGAUAUUAUUGGUUAUGGUCAGGGUGGGAAACUGCCUUGGAAUAAUGUGAUGGAAUCAUACAGUGACCGUGGGUCUGACCGCAGUCGUCAUGUUGCUAGCGAGCAGCAACACAACAGAAACAGAAUGGAUUCUGUCCAAGGCUCAGUGUCAAGAUCAUCAUUUUCCUUGGGUGGUAAAGGACUUCCUGUUAAUGAUCCUCUGCUUAAUUUUGGUAGAGAGAAACGUACUUUACCCAAGAAUGAAAAGGUUUUCUUGGAGGAUCCCUUCAUGAAAGACUUUGGAGCUUCUAGUUUUGAUGGGAGGGAUCUAUUUUCAGCUGGUCUUGUUGGGAUGGUCAAGAAGAAGAAGGAUGUCCUCAAGCAGACUGAUUUCCAUGAUCCAGUUAGAGAAUCCUUUGAGGCUGAGCUUGAAAGGGUUCAGAGGAUGCAAGAACAGGAGAGGCAGCGAAUCGUUGAAGAGCAAGAAAGGGCAUUGGAGUUAGCUCGCAGAGAAGAGGAGGAGAGAUUAAGGCAAGCUAGAGAACAGGAAGAGAGACAGAGGAGGUUGGAAGAAGAAGCAAGAGAGGCAGCGUGGAGAGCAGAACAAGAAAGGAUUGAAUCUUUGCGGAAGGCUGAAGAGCAGAGGUUGGCAAGGGAAGAAGAGAAACAAAGGAUCCUUUUAGAAGAAGAGAGGAGGAAACAAGCUGCCAAACAGAAACUUAUAGAAUUGGAGCAAAGAAUUGCUAGGAGGCAGGCUGAAGCAGCCAAAAGUGGCAAUAAUGCUUCAGUUGUUAUGGAUGAGAAAAUGCCUGUGAUAGUGAAUGAAAACGAGGCAUCCAGGGCUGCUGAUGUGGGUGAUUGGGAGGAUAGUGAAAGAAUGGUUGACAGGAUAUUAACUUCCGCAUCUUCUGAUGCAUCAAGUGUGAAUAGGGCAUUGGAAAUGGGCUCUAGGUCUCAUUUCUCUAGAGAUUUAUCUUCUUCCUUUGUGGAUAGAGGAAAACCAGUUAAUUCAUGUAGAAGAGAUGCUUAUGAGAAUUGGAGCAACUCAGCAUUUUAUCCACAAGACCAGGGAAAUAGUCACAACAGUCCCCGUAGAGAUUUAUCAAUAGGGGGAAAGCCAUUUAUGAGGAAAGAAUAUAAUGGUGGUGCUGGAUUUGUUUCAAGGACUUAUUAUAAAGCAGGGAUGUCGGAGGCUCAUUUAGAUGAAUAUGCUCAUGUUAAACAACAGAGGUGGAAUCAAUCUACAGAUGGAGAUCAUCUUAGCAGAAAUACAGAGAUGGAUUCUGAUUUUCAUGAAAAUUUUGAAAGAUUUGGUGAUGGUUGGACGCAGAGCCGUUCCCGGGGCAAUCCAUUUCCUCCAUUCCCUGAGCAUACUUAUCCAAAUUCUGAAUCAGAUGGAUCCUAUGCCUUGGGGAGGUCACGGUACUCUGUUAGGCAGCCCCGAGUUCUUCCCCCUCCUUCCCUAGCGUCUGUUCACAGGACGUUCAAGAAUGAAAAUGAUCACCCUGGCCCUUCGGCCUUCCUAGAAAAUGAUAUGCAUUAUAAUCAGGCAGCAAGGAAUGAAUCUACGAUGCCAGUUAGUUAUGACAAUGGGAACCGCGGACAACCUGAUGCUGUGGAUCCCCGGCAAGAGACUACUGAGAACGAGGACCAUAAAGUGGAAACCGCACCAAGGUGCGAUUCUCAGUCUUCAGUCUCUGUUUCAAGCCCCCCUACUUCCCCAACACAUCUCUCUCACGAUGAUUUGGAUGACUCUGGAGAUUCCCCUAUGAUGUUGACUUCUGAAGAAAGCAAAAAUGGCCUCCUUUCAGCUCCAGACAAUGAAUCCAUUGUAACACCUGCCAGAGCUGGAAAUGAGAAUGUAGUCAUUUCAUGUGCUGUCUCUAGUGGCGAUGAUGAUGAAUGGACUAAUGAGAAUAACGAGCAGUUCCAGGAACAAGAAGAAUAUGAUGAAGAUGAAGACUAUCAGGAAGAAGAUGAAGUGCAUGAAGGAGAUGAUAAUGCUGAACUCAACCAGGACUUUGAAAAUUUGCAUUUGCAGGAGAAAGAAUUGCCCCACUUGAUGGAUAACCUAGUAUUAGGAUUUGAUGAGGGUGUUCAGGUUGGGAUGCCCAAUGAAGAAUUUGAAAGGACUUCAAAGGAUGAAGAAACUAUAUUUAUGGCACAACAGGGUUCUGGCAUCUCUCUAGAAGAACAUACAUCUUUUGAUAAUGCAUGCAAUGAUGACAAAGCCCUACAACCUGUUGGUGAUACCUCUCAGGUGAAUCUUAAUAGUGCUUCCAGUGUGUUCCAGGAAUCAGAGAAGCCAGCUCAAGAUUUGGUCAUUCAACCUAGUAAUGCUCAUUCAUCUGUGGCAUCUGAGAGUUUAGGUAAUGUGGAAGCUUCUAAUGGCCUGUCUACACAUCAUAGUGCAUCAACUUCAGUUACUAUUGCUCCUAAUUACUCAUCCUCUGGUCAAGCUGUUACCUCUAAUGUAGCUGCCGCUCCAAGUCAAGCUGAGUUGCCCAUUAAGCUUCAAUUUGGUCUUUUUUCUGGUCCAUCUUUGAUACCAUCACCUGUACCAGCCAUACAGAUUGGUUCUAUACAGAUGCCCUUGCAUCUGCAUCCACAGGUUGGUGCACCCCUCUCUCACAUGCACCCACCUCAGCCUCCUUUGUUUCAAUUCGGGCAGCUAAGAUAUACAUCUCCAAUAUCACAGGGGAUAAUGCCUCUGGGUCCUCAAUCAAUGUCAUUUGUUCAGCCUAGUAUACAAUCUGGUUUCUCUUUUAACCAUAACCCUGGAGGUAGAAUGCUUGUUCAAACUGGUCCAGAAACUUCUGAUUCCUUUAUAAAAAAUGAGAUCAGGCAUCAAGCUGUUGACAGACAAGGUAAUUCAAGAAACUUAUCUCAAGGUUUAGUGCCAAGUGAGGAUGCAGAAAAUAUUGCUGGAAUAAAGAAGGGUCGAAUUGAGCCUGCUCAUAAUGCUAGUAAUACCACCAGGACUUCUACAAGUUUUCAACUUGACAAGCAGGCAAGCCAAAAUGUAGUUGGAAAAGGCAGCAAUAUUUUGUCCAAUGCUAAAGAAUCAGAAGUUCGGCCUGUGUCUGGAGAUGCAUCACUUCAUUCAGUUUCAAAAGAGAAAGAUGUUAUGGAGUCGAAAGUACAAUUUCCUGCAUCUGGUGGUCGAGGCAAAAGAUAUGUCUUUACUGUAAAAUCUUCAAACUCAAGAUCAUCAGGUCCUGCUCCAAGGAUUAAUCGCCCAGACUCUGGAGGAUUUACAAGGAAGCCUCGUCGGAAUAUGCAGCGCACUGAGUUUCGGGUUCGGGAAAGUGCUGAGAAGAGGCAGUCUUCUAGUUCGGUUUUGACUGAUCAGUUUGGGUUGGAGAAUAAGUCAAAUGUCAAUGGAAGGGGAACAGGUAUAUCUGGAAGGACUGGACCCAGGAAGGCUAUGGCAAAUAAAUUGGGAAAACACAUAAUAGAAUCUGCUACGGAAAAUUCACAUGGAAUAGAUUCUGGAAGCAGAGCUGAAAAAAUUGAUAGAAAAGAAUCAACAAAGACUCAAACCAUCUCACAUUCUGGACAGAGUAAUCUCAAAAGGAACUUGUGUUCUGAGGAAGACGUUGAUGGUCCAUUGCAAAGUGGAAUUAUACGUGUGUUUGAACAACCUGGAAUUGAAGCUCCUAGUGAUGAAGAUGACUUUAUAGAAGUCAGGUCAAAGAGGCAAAUGCUAAAUGAUCGGCGAGAACAGAGAGAGAAAGAGAUUAAGGCCAAGUCUCGGGUUGCAAAGGUUCAACGAAAACAUCGUUCUUCACAGAGUGUUGUGACCAUGGCCAACUCUAGCAAAGGAUCCCUAACUACUGGUGAAGUGGCAAACACUAUUCGUCCUGAUUUUGUUGCUACGGAGAUGCAUGGAAUGGCCAAGAUUGAUGCCUCAUCUGGAUUUAAUUCAAGCAUAUUGUCCCAAGCAUUGCCUCCUAUAGGCACACCUCCUUUGAAAAUUGAUGCCCAGCCUGAUUUAAGAUCACAGAUAAGCAGGUCACUUCAGACAAGUCUCCCAGCUGUUUCUGGUGGUGAAAGGGACCCUGGGUCUAGUGUGAUAUUUGAAAGCAAGAACAAGGUUCUUGAUAAUGUUCAGACAUCUUUGGGCUCUUGGGGCAAUGUGCAAAUUAGUCAACAGGUAAUGGCGCUUACACAGACACAACUUGAUGAGGCCAUGAAGCCUCAACAGUUCGAUUCACAGGCUUCUGUUGGCAAUAUGGCUGGUGCUGUUAAUGAACCCAGUUUACCAACAUCAUCCAUUUUGACAAAGGAGAAAAACUUCUCAUCUGUGGCCAGCCCAAUUAAUUCCUUGCUUGCUGGAGAGAAAAUUCAGUUUGGGGCAGUGACAUCUCCGACUGUUCUUCCAUCUAGCAGCCGUGCUGUGUCUCAUGGCAUUGGCCCACCAUCUAGAUCAGACAUGCAAAUGUCCCACAACCUUGUUGGAUCUGAUAAUGAUUGCAGUCUUUUCUUUGAUAAAGAAGAACAUGGUAAUGAAUCUCAUGGUCAUUUAGAAGAUUGUGAUGCAGAAGCUGAAGCUGAAGCAGCUGCUUCAGCUGUUGCUGUUGCUGCCAUCAGUAGUGACGAGAUUGUUGGAAAUGGAUUGGGUUCUUGUUCUGUCUCUGUUUCAGAUGGCAAAAGUUUUGUAGCUGCAGAUAUUGAUAGGGUAGUGGCAGGAGUAGGUUGUGAUCAGCAAACAGCCAGUCAGUCUAGAUCUGAGGAGCCUCUUAGUGUAUCACUUCCAGCAGACUUAUCUGUUGAGACUCCACCAAUUUCCUUGUGGCCACCCUUACCAAGUACACAAAAUUCUUCAGGUCAAAUGAUUUCACAUUUUCCUUCUGUGCCUCCACAUUUUCCUUCUGGCCCUCCUUCUCAUUUUCCUUACUAUGAAAUGAAUCCUAUGAUGGGUGGUCCUGUCUUUGCUUUUGGACAACAUGAUGAGUCUGCAUCUACUACCACACAGUCACAGCCUCCAAAAAGUACUACAUCUGCAUCAAGGCCAAUGGGGAGCUGGCAACAAUGCCAUUCUGGUGUUGAAUCUUUUUAUGGACCUCCAACAGGGUUUACUGGGCCUUUUAUUGCUCCUCCGGGUGGCAUUCCUGGAGUCCAGGGGCCACCACACAUGGUUGUUUAUAACCAUUUUGCUCCAGUUGGGCAAUAUGGUCAAGUUGGCUUGAGUUUUAUGGGCACCACUUAUAUCCCGUCGGGAAAGCAGCCUGAUUGGAAACACAUCCCUACUUCUUCUGCCGUGGGGGCUGCUGAAGGGGAUAUGAACAAUAUCAAUAUGGCAUCUUCACAGCGGAAUCCUGCUAACAUGCCUUCUCCAAUUCAACAUCUUGCUCCUGGUUCACCACUUAUGCCGAUGGCUUCUCCUGUGGCUAUGUUUGAUGUUUCUCCUUUCCAGCCCUCUACUGAGAUGUCAGUACAAGCUCGAUGGCCACAUGUUCCAAAUUCACCACUUUCAUCCGUUCCUCUGUCAAUGCCACUGCAGCAACAAGAAGGAAUGCAGGCUUCUCAGUUCAGCCAUGGCCCUUCUGUUGACCAGCCAUUAAAUGCCAAAAGGUUUACCAGUUCUCGAGCUUCAACAUCUGACGGUGAUAGGAAUUUUCCUAGAGCAGCUGACAUGAAUGUCAACCAAUUGCCUGAUGAACUUGGAUUGGUGGAUACUUCAAACCCCACUGCUGCCAAGACUCCAGCACAGAGUGUUGUCAACAAGACUCCAUCUAUGAUCACCAUUACAGAUGCUGGGAAGGUUGAUGCGCAGAAUGGCAAUGGCAGCAAUAGUAGUAACCAGAAUGCAAGUUCUUUUAAGAGUCAGCCCUCACAACAAGCUAUUAUUUCUUCCCAGCAGUCUGACCAUUCCACAGGACAUUCUAAUUAUCAGAGAGGUGGUGUUUCUCAAAGAAAUAGUUCUGGGAGUGAAUGGUCCCAUCGUAGAGGGUACCAAGGAAGAAAUCAAUCUCUAGGUGCAGAUAAGGGCUUUUCCUCGACCAAGGUAAAGCAAAUAUAUGUGGCAAAACAGACUAUUAGUGGGGCAUCAACAGUGUCAUGAGGAACAAGACAUAUUAGUCAGUUGCAUUUGAAAAAACUGGUAAGGCUUUAUUAUUAAUUUUUGGUCUGGCAGAAAUAAAAGUUUUGAUUAAGCUUCUACGUGGAGUGUUAAGGCAGUUUGCUAGAGAUUUUUGCUGGCUACAACAAAUUCCAUACAAGCCAUCAUCAGGCUGCGUAGGGUUGGAUAGCUCUUUUGUUGUGCUCUCGUGGUUACUGGGCACUACUGUUUAGCAUGUCGACGUGGCUUGGUGGACGCUGUGUUGUUUUGCUAUGGUGUAUCGAUCAAGCAUGUUCGAUCUCUGUUUUCUUUGAACGGUAUAAAAACCAGGCAGAUUAUUUAUUUGGGUUCUGUGUAUCGAAACCAUUAGUUGUCCUCCUAUAUUCUUUUCAUUAUUAUAAGGGAAGUAUCAGUUUUGAGAAAUGCUACUUUUCUUGUCUACUCGUACACUUGGAUUUCAAGUAUUUUUAGAGCGCCGAGACCAAUUAGACGUUGACCAAGGGUUUGAUUUGGCUUUGAAUUUUAAUAAUUUUUAAAGGGAUGGAUGGGAGCUCCUGUUAAAACUCUGUUUGAUAUAAAAGUGUGAAUCUCUGCCCUUGCAGUCAUUGCUUGUCAUUGUCUUCCACUUUUUGGUGAAUUGAAGGUGUAAAGGCCCAACAAGGCAAAGACUUUAUUAUACUGCGGAUUAUGGGUUGACCUAAAACAAAAAACAAAAGCAGAAAGUUGAGUACGGGAACAAUCUGCAAAAUCUAUGUAGAGAAAUAAAAUAAGGCUGAAAAUCAAACCAGCUGACUGAGCCCAGUGUUUUUGGUCAU